ACAGGUACCCUUAAACCAACUGUCAGUGAAGAAACAACUGUUACCGACAAACAUAAUGUAACCGAAGAACCAAACGUUACAAACGAACCAAAUUCUAGUGACAGACCGACUGUAAGUGAAAAACCUACCGUUAGUGAAAAACCGACCGUUAGUGAAAAACCGACUGUUAGUGAAAAACCGACCGUUAGUGAAAAACCGACCGUUAGUGAAAAAACGACCGUUAGUGAAAAACCGACUGUUAGUGAAAAAACGACCGUUAGUGAAAAACCAAAUGUUAGUGAAAAACCGGCCGUUAGUGAAAAACCGGCCGUUAGUGAAAAACCGACCGUUAGUGAUAAAACGACUGUUAGUGAUAAACCGACUGUUAGUGAUAAACCGACUGUUAGUGAAAAACCGACU